AUGGACGUUUCCGACAGCCCUGAGCGAAACCCCUGCUCUCCUGGUGAAGAGGACCAGCAGCUUUCCGAUGACGAAGUCCUGAAGGAGAGUGGUUCAGAGCGGGAACUUGAUGGAGAGGGUGGGCAAGGCAGCGUCCUGGGAGAGGAGGAGGAGGCGGCAGCCAGGGGACUGAGUCAUGGUGAAGAGGAGAACCACUCAGAUGAAGAGGACCGCUUAAGCGAAACCAAGUCACAGGAGUCUGACAACAAUGAGCAAAGCGGGGAGCUGAAGAGCCCUCUGCCUCGCAAAGGAGAGGAGGAAGACCGGACAAAUGACCUUGGUGAUGAAGCGUCCUCUGUCACCCGUGAACUAGAUGAGCAUGAGUUGGACUAUGAUGAGGAAGUUCCUGAGGAACCAAGUGCUGCUGCUGCAGAGGAGGAUGGCGAGAAAGCUGCUGGUGAGGAUGAUGAGGAAGAGGAGAAAGGAGACGAUGCCCAUGAAGAUGAGAAAAAAUCCAGCAGCAAAAGUGAUGAUGAAAAAGACAGCCAGGAUCCCCUCAAGGAGAAGAAGAAAGAAGAUGAUGAUGGAGAAAUUGAUGAUGGAGAAAUUGAUGAUGAUGACUUAGAAGAAGGAGAAGUUAAAGACCCCAGCGACAGAAAAGUGAGGCCACGUCCCACCUGCCGAUUCUUCAUGAAAGAGGUUAUUCCUCCCAUAUCCAUCUUACUUCCUCCGGUAUCGAAUUUUCUGCCUGUGCCGAGACACGAACGCGUUGGUGGUCACUGUACCUGGGGCAUGAACUGUCGAUUUAUUCACCCUGGCGUGAAUGACAAAGGAAACUACUCCUUGAUCUCCAAGCCUGAGCCCUUCUCCCCAAAUGGUGCUCCUCCGAUCGGCCCUCACCCACUGAUGCCAGCCAACCCUUGGGGAGGGCCAGUUGUUGAUGAGAUCUUACCUCCACCCCCUCCAGACCCUCCAACAGAAAGUGCCUGGGAGAGAGGACUCCGCCACGCUAAAGAGGUAUUAAAAAAGGCAACUAUGAGAAAAGAACAGGAGCCUGACUUUGAGGAGAAGAGGUUCACUGUGACUAUUGGAGAAGACGAGCGUGAAUUUGACAAAGAAAACGAGUUUUUCCGUGACUGGAAUUACCGCAUCACCAGAGAUGUCAGAGAUCCAGCGCUUGAUCCCUAUACAGAUCCCUAUUAUGACUAUGAAAUAGAACGGUUCUGGCGUGGUGGGCAGUAUGAGAAUUUCAGGGUUCAGUAUACAGACCCAGAUCCAUACCGUAACUACAGAGAAAGAGAGCGAGAACGGGAAAGUGAAAGAGAGAACAGACAACGAGAAAGGGAACGCGAGAGGGAGCGAGAGCGGGAGCGAGAGCGGCGCCAGCGGGAGCGAGAACGGGAAAGGGAACGGGAGCGGGACAAGGAGCGCCAGCGGCGGAAAGAAGAGUGGGAACGUGAGAGAGAGCGAGUGAAGAGAGAUGAAAAAGACAGGCAGCACAGGGACCGGGACAGGGACCGAGACCGGGACAGGGACAGGGAACGUGAAAAGGAGAAAGAAAAACCAAAGCCCCGGUCCCCGCUGCUACCAAGCCGUCAGCCUGAGCCACCAAAGAAGGAGAAGGAGGCAACCACAAUUACCACCACUCAGUCGAAGAGAGCGGAUGAAUGGAAGGACCCCUGGCGCCGAUCCAAGUCCCCCAAAAAGAAACUCGGCGUCUCUGUCUCUCCCAGCCGCGCGCGUAGGCGCCGAAAAACCUCUGCUUCUUCGGCGUCUGCUUCUGGCUCUUCAAGGUCCUCUUCUCGUUCAUCCACCUACUCUGGUUCAGGUUCCUCGCGAUCUCGUUCCAGAUCAUCAUCUUACAGCUCUUACUCUAGUCGCUCUUCAAGACACAGCUCUUUCUCAGGCAGCAGGUCCAGAUCACGGUCCUUCUCAUCUUCACCCUCUCCUUCUCCGACACCGUCUCCACACAAGCCGCUUGCGAAGGCUAAAGGGGAGUUAUUACCACCUGCUGGUAAAGGUGAAAAAUCUGUGAAGAAACUAGCUGCCCUUCCAGUCCCUCAGCCACUCACUAAAAUUACAACAGCUGCACCGGAGCCAGCCAAACCAGGGGAUAAUCGAGAGGCAAGGAGGAAGGAACGUCAGACAAGGACUCCACCCAGGAGGCGGACUAUCAGCGGCAGCAUCAGCGGCAGCGCCAGCAGCUACAGCGGUUCCAGUUCCCGAUCUCGGUCCCUGAGCGUGAGCAGCGUUUCUUCUGUCUCUAGUGCCUCCUCUAGCAGCAGCUCUGUACGCAGCGCCGACUCCGAAGACAUGUACGCGGACUUGGCCAGUCCUGUUUCCUCAGCCAGCUCCCGAUCCCCAACCCCAGCGCAGCAGAAGAAAGGUAGAGGAAAGUCAAAAAAAGAAGAUAGCGCUAAAGAGGAGAAGCGGAAACGGGAUGCGCCCGCUCAGCUCCUAAAAUCAGCCAAGCCCACCCAGGGGAGCAAAUCGCAGCAGCUCCUCCAGACCCAGCAGCCCUCAGCCCCCCAGUCUCAGCAAGGGGGCUUCAGCGCUCACAAAGAGAUCAAACUGACGCUCUUGAAUAAGGCAGCUGACAAAGGAAGUAGGAAGAGAUACGAGCCAGCAGACAAAGACAGGCCGACCUCUCCUCCAGCCAAACGGGCGAACCUGUCACCUGACAGAGGCUCUCGCGACAGGAAGGCGACCGGGAGACUCUCUUCACCCAAGCAAGAGCGACAGAGGGGCCAGAACCCAAAACCUUCUCCUGCGCAGACAGACAGGAAACGCCAGCUCUCGCCUCAGUCCAAGAGUUCCAGCAAAGUCACGAGCAUACCGGGCAAAGCAUCCGAGCCGGGCCCCACGGGCGCCAAGGCGGGCAAAUCCAGCACCCUGUCACGACGGGAGGAGCUCCUGAAGCAGCUCAAGGCGGUGGAAGAUGCCAUCGCUCGCAAGCGGGCCAAAAUCCCGGGGAAAGUAUAGUGGGCCGUGCACGGAGCGCCGCUCUGCCCCUUAGUGACUGUUCAUGUUUUUAUAAAUAGUGUAAAAGCGGCCACUUUGGGAUUUUGCAGUUCUGUCUUAUUUUGGCUGCGAUUCUUUUUAA